AUGCGCAACACUGCCAUACUUUCAGUGGAUAUCCAGUUAAGUGAUAGUAAAAGUGUUGAAAAUGGGACUGUCUGGUUGCUGCAAUUUGCUGGUCAAUUCAAUAAUAUUACAAAACUCACCAACUUAUCUGUAACUUGUGUAAGAACUGGCUUGGAAAAACCUUCAAUUAAAGUUGUACCAUCUCAAUUAUCACUGGUUGCAUCCAAUGAUUGCCCUGAUCGGGAUGAAGUUUAUCUUCAAACUCUGGUUCAAAUGAUGAACGGUACCGGAUUGGAAUGCGAAAGACAGUCAAUAAUAUUCUAUCUCAGUCCACAGAUACAGUCAAUUGACGUACUUAAUAAAACGGGGAAUACAGAUGAUAUAACAUUGAAAACUGCUUUAAAUCCAGUAUCCAAAUCGGUUCAGUUCACAACCGGUCAUUUGUACUUUGGUAAAAGCUAUGCAGUUAUCUUUCGAUUGAAAUUCAAAUCGUCUCGGACAUCUGUUGAGAAGUACCCAGUUCUAAUCGAAGUUGUAUGUAAACCGUAUGAACGCAACAUUUCUGUCUUUAGUGGCUGUGUAAGAUCAAAAUUUUACAAAUUUAGAUCUCAUAUACAUGUAGAACUUGACUACCAUACAUACUCAUAUCCAUGUGAUUUACCUCAUUACAAGGCAUUGCGGAAUCCUGCUGUGCCGUUGCCUAGUCGUCAAUCAGAUACAUUCUUAAAUGUUCGUGAUCGUCUGUUUUAUUGUGGACGCGCAUUUAAUAUGAAGGGGUCAUUUGGUUUGGAAAGACGUUGCUUCAUGAUUAGCAAAUUACCUGACAGAAUAUGGAUCGACAUGGGACCAUUUGUUGAACAGAUUAUAGCAUACACAAAUCCACUUGGCAUAUUGUUCGGUUUGGGGGCAAAUGGUGGAGGUGUAAUGAUGAGUAAGGAUUUGGGUAAAACAUGGAUUUCAAUCAACUCAUUCAUGUAUCAAAGAACUUUGAAUACGUCAACUGAAAUCAUCACAGCAAGUGUCGUACCAUGGAUUUCAUCAACUGGAUCAAUUGACAAUACAUUGUCCGAGUCAUUUUGCAAGAUGCCAGUGGCUGAACAAUGGAAUGGAGCUGUGUUAAUGGUCACUGCAUUAAUGGAACGUGUGUAUGUAAUACAUGUUGGAUCGGGAAAACCUGUGAAGAGCGAGGGCGUCAUAGUUCCACCAAAUACUAUCAACGUCACAUUUUCCAGAGUAUACAUCCAGGAUAAUCCAAAUUAUUGUCUAUUCGAUACAUGGUUUAUUGAUUCGGUAAUUGUCCUUCCACCUGGAAAUAAUAGUUUGAUCAUGAAAUUUUCUGGUCCGUCUCUAAAUAAUGUCUAUUACGGAUAUGUACAAUAUUUGUUUGCUUACUACAACGGUUCAAAUAUAGCAAAUAAUUAUACUGUGAAGUUUAGUAAUCUCACAUACUUGAACAAUAAUUCCUCGUCUUCGGAGUUCACAAUGACAAGUCAGAUAAGUGUUUCAUCCUCUCCUGCCAAUGAUUCAAAUGACUUCAGUAUUAGGAUGCGAUUCCAAGUUGGUCUUUUCCCUCAAAUGUCGAUUCCAUCAAUAGGUACCAAUUUAACAGUCAGAAUGGAGGCAUUGUUGACUCCAAAGAUUAUCGUAGAUAUUCCCAUGAGAGUUUCCUCGAACUGUCCGAUUCAAUAUGAUUCAGUUAACUUUACCAAGUGCCCACCGCAAGUAGAAAUAGGUGGGGUUUAUGAAUAUUCUGUGGACUACUUUAUAAGCAGACCCAUUGGCGAUUACGUGUUCACAUUCACGACUGAUGUGUUGAGUGCUUCGAUUGGACAUAUAUCUUUGACGCUACCUACAACAUUCUCUACAUACCCAGAAGGUUACAAAAUAGAUACGCAACAAUUCGUUGGUGAUAACUUCUUACUGACUACCAUUGGCUACGUUAGUGUUUCAAAUCUACAAAAUCCAGCGAAAAUCUCACCAUUAGGUAAGAAUUCUACAGUGAAUUUUUGUGAGAGCCAACCCAUAGCAUUUACAGGUUCUAAUUUGGCUUGGAAAAGUAACUUGACAUUAAAGGAUACGUCAGUCGUGAAUCAAGCUGAAAAGUUGCAAUUCUUUAAUUUUGAACUGAGUGUUCCACCUUAUACAACAGCGACUUAUACUAUCCUGAUAACUAAUACUGGUAAACUAAUGACGGAACCAUGUUCUGUGGAUUACUUGUUAACAGAAAAUAAUUCAACUAAGAACAUCAGGCUAAUAACAGAAUACACUGUAUUUCAAGGGCGAAGAACAACAGGCACAACGACAAUUGGUAUAUUCAGAAACAAUAGCCCAUGGAAUAUUAAUCAUAAUUUUCGAAUCGGGUUAAGAUUAUUAUACAAUGCCAGCUAUACCUUGGGUGAUACAAUGCAAGUGCGGCUUCAGAUGUUUAGUCUUGUACUAACUCUAUCUUCUUUUGUAGUAACGCUUCCAAUAACGUCUAUGGAGCAACCCAUAACCACUACUCCUGUCUCUAAAACUCCUGUAGUUACUAUUGAAAAAGUCGAACCACGGAAUUCACAACCAACAGUGAACUUUAGUACAAUUGUAGAAGUUCGAGUGAAAUUCGUUGAAGACUUUGUCUACAUGCCGAUAACUUUUCAACUACAAGUAAAUUCAAAUGAAGCAAUUAUAAUCAGACAGAGUAUUCAAACAAUUGGAUAUCUAUUAAAAGCUGUAGUACUUGUGGGCUAUGAUUUUUCUGUUAAACCUAAUUUGGCUACAUUGCAAAUAAAUUCAGUGUACUUCAAUGAAUCAUGUACAGAUGCUCAGUGUGAUAUUGCAAUCCGUUAUUCGAUAAUUCCAAUUACCACGAAGCCUUUAGUAAUCACAUCAACAUUUACCUCUGGUGUAUCCAGUUUUACGAAAACGUUAACUAUUUCUCCACGAGCUAACUACUCUACUGUGUUGUCAUCAAGUCAGGUUCCAGGAGUUGAUCUAAUUUCUAUUGAUUCAAAAACAGUCAAAAAUCAAGUUAUACCGAACUAUUUAACAUCACUGAAGUUAACGCUAACUCUGAAACCCAAUGUAUGGCAGUCGAUAUAUUUUCAACUUUAUGCUCCAGGUGCCUACCAAGAAUACAUAUUAGUCAAGCCAAUAAUGCUAAGCCAAUCAACAUCAUUGCCAUAUGUCAGCUCAGUUUCGAACUCUUUGGAAAAUAUGGUUUAUAUCAGUAUAGAUAAAGCUUAUUACGAAGGAAUUGCAACCGAUCAAACGACUUCGGCAGCAAAUCAGUUGACUUACCAUAUCCCAAUGUUCACUGCAAAUUCUGUCAGACCACUGGUCAAUUUCACUUACAAUAUGACAGUCAAUUCAAUCUCUAUAUUUGGUAAUUUCAUAUUUACUACCACCACUCCAGCAGCAUUUACUACAACUCUUACAAAUACUUGGACUUUAAUUUCUCCAAGUGCCACUGAUGUAUAUAAACAAAUGUGUACUGGAGGACCGUUUGAAUUUAAUUUCAAUAUGUGUCUGAUUGAAAGACGUUGUUCAUUCUUUACAUAUUGGAUCAACAGAAUUGUGAAUGGUAGUGCAGCUCUUAAUGUCACAAAUGUAGUUGUAUAUAAAAGUGGUUCAGAUGUGUGGUUCUCAACCUCAUUCUCUAUAAAUUUGACAUCUGAACGUAGGUUAGUUUAA